CGCUCUCGCACGCUGCAACAACGGCACGUGCGCGCUUGCCCCGCCCAGCGUUCGGUCUGGCUGAACCCGGAGUUCGAACAUAAAGAAAUACUCAGUUUAAUUACCGGACAUUCUAUGUAUCGCUUCAAGAGCUCCAAGUACAAAAAUGCCACACCUAAAGUGCCAAAGAAGGGUGAAGGUUGGGUUCUUGACAUAUCUGUCGGCGCACCGCAGUCAUUUGGCAACCACAUAAAGGCUAGCGCUUUGCACAAGGUCUUCAGUGUUGACAGUCGAGGAGGAGGCAGCCUAGGUGUCCUGCCACUAGAGGACACGGGGAAAAAGAGCAAGAACUGCCCGUUACUUCAUGCACAUUCUGAAUUCAUAACUGACUUCGAUUUUUGUCCAUACGAUGACGGCCUCCUGGCUACCUGCUCUCACGAUGCCACUAUCAAAAUCUGGAGGAUUCCGGACGGCGGUAUUGUUCCCGAUGUGCCCCAAAAUCCCGAACUUGUGCUUCGACCUGGCAAGUCCCGUAUUGAGAACUUGUCUUUCAAUCCAGCUGUGGACUGCCUCCUGGCUGCAGCCACAAACAGUGCCCUUCAGAUCUGGGACCUAGUCAACGAGUCGGAGCUUGGCAUCGAUUUGAAACAUGAUGAGUUGGUACAGAGCUUGAGCUGGCGAGGUGAUGGCAACCAACUUGUGAGCUCGGGCAGAGAUAAGAAGCUGAGAGUGUGGGACCCCAGGACACCAAGCAAUUCACUUCAAGCACUUGGCCAUGCGAAUAAUCGGGAGUCCAGAGUCCUCUGGUUGGGACACACUGACUACAUCCUUUCAACUGGUUUGGGCAGUGCAAGGGAGCGUGAGGUGUGCCUUCGAGAUGUCCGGAAAUUCGACGUUCCCUGCACCAGCUGGUCCGGUGACAGUGCCAUGGGUGUUUACAUACCCCUGUAUGACCCAGACACCAGCAUGUUGUUCCUGGCUGCUAAGGGUGACAUUACUGUCAACUUUUGGGAGGUGACAUUUAAAGAGCCCUUCCUGAGCGAAGCAUCCAAAUACAUGGGUGAGGUGCAGACUAAAGGAGUGGGACUGGUGCCCAAGCGUGCGCUUAAUGUGAUGGAGGGUGAAGUGAACAGAGUGCUCAUCCUGGGCCAGGACUGCAUUGUGCCCAUUCCCUACCAGGUGCCCCGCAAGUCCUACAAGGACUUCCAUGCAGAUGUCUUUCCGGACACGCAGGCACCAUCCCCAGCUACAACUGUGCCUGACUGGCUGGCUAAAAUCCCCUGUGAGCCCAUUACCAGGGUGAGUUUGGACCCUGCCCUGAGGCCUGAGGGGGGUCUGGUGCGGACAGGACACAAGCUGGGGUCAGGCUGCACAUUUCUGGCUACUGCGGCUCAGGAGAAGGACAUCAACCUGGUGCCAGCCGAGUACUCAUGUGAAGAUUUUGGUGACAAGAUCAUUCCAGAAAAGUCGAUUCCAGUGCCUAAGCCGGCUCCACGAACCAAAGUGACCCGUUCAGAAGAUCCCCCGGUCAGCGCCAGCAGCCUAAUCGGGGAAACUCCUGCAGUCCUGCCCAAAACGGCACCUCGGACCCGUUCAUCUAUGGCCUCUGCUAUGGGUCCCUCUGCAGCCCCCAGAACUGCUUCCAAUGCCCGUCGGCAGCCGUCGCGUAAUGAGGGACGUGGCUUCAAAGUGCGAGUAUCCAAGUACCGGCACCUGAAUGGCUCAGUGGGUAGCCGGGACACUCAGAUCACCAACCUGCCACCUAUGUGCAACACGCUGCCUGGCGAGAGCGAAGGUUUCCGCGCCAACACAGAGCGUGUUGCCCUGCCCUUGGCCAUUUCAGGUGGCCAUCUGGCAAUCCUGGAGCUGUCCAAGAGAGGCCGCAUACAAUCUGGAGUUGUUCCCAGCCUCAUCUGUGGGACCAGCAUCACGGACUUUGCCUGGGACCCAUUUAAUAACAGGCGCAUUGCCGUAGCAUGCGAUGAUAGCCGAGUGCGUGUGUGGACUGUUCCCGAGGGUGGCCUGCAUGAGAGCCUGACAGAGCCGGACUUUGAGCUGAAGGGCCACACAGAGAAAGUCCACUUCCUGAAAUUCCAUCCGACAGCUGCCGAUGUGAUGGCCUCAGGCUCCCAUGACCUGAGCGUGAUAAUCUGGGACAUGGAGACUUGCGAAUGCAAAAUUUGCCUCCAAGGACAUACCGACCAGAUUUUCAGUUUGGCGUGGCAUCCAGACGGUGUCCUGCUGGCCACCUUGUGCAAAGACCAGAAGCUGCGUGUGUACGACCCUCGUAGGAGCGAGCUACCUGUGCGGGAGGGCCUUGGACCAACGGGAACUCGUGGAGCUAGGGUCACCUGGGUGCUAGGAGGAAGCCACCUAGUCACCACUGGCUUUAACAAAGUCUCUGAACGGCAAGUGAGCCUUUAUGACGGCAAGUUGCUCUCUGCCCCCCUGACAACAGAGGGCAUCGAUGUCAGUCCAGCCAUACUGAUCCCCUUCUAUGAUGAGGACAGCUCAACACUGUUUCUCUCUGGAAAGGGUGACUCGACCAUCUUUGCAUUUGAGGUUGCCCUGGAUAUGCCAUACCUUUUCCCGCUGUCGCACUACAAGUGCACAAGUGGGCCUCACCAGGCUGUGGCCUUUCUGCCCAAGCUGGCUUGCAGUGUGGCUGAUGUGGAGUUUGCUUGUGCCUUGAGGCUCACCACAAGCAGUGUGGAGCCGCUGUCAUUCAGAGUGCCAAGGCUGCGGUCUGAGCUGUUCCAGGAUGACUUGUUCCCCAACACACGUGUCACCUGGCAACCAGCCCUGAAAAGUGAAGAAUGGUUUGCAGGGGUGACAAGGGCACCGAAAUUGGUCAGCCUUCGGCCUCCAGACAUGGAUUGCUUGUCCGAGGCUCCGGAAGUGCGCCCUCCUGCUCCACAUGUUCCCAGGUUGUCACAGGACGCCAGUCUGGACUUUGAAGGAGACCUGACUCUCUCCAGCUCCGUCCUCGAGAGCAACAGAGAGAAAGAUAAACAGGACGAAGACAUCUGA